AUGCACUUCAAAUCUCUCCUCCUCUCCUCGGCGCUCUUCCUCUCCUGCAGCAAUGCCCAGCUCCACAAAUACGCCGUCGCCGCAGGCCUCAAGUACUUCGGCACGGCCGUCGACAAUCCCGCGCUAGGAAACGCCGCCUACAUGGCCAUCGCGCGCGACCCCGACGAGUUCGGGAUGAUCACGCCGGCGAACGGGCAGAAGUGGGCCAACACGGAGGGGAGCCGCGGGGGGUUCAGCUACGGCAUGGGGGAUGCCGUUGCGGGGAUUGUUGGGGCGGGGAGGAGUAUGAGAUGUCAUACUUUGGUUUGGCAUAACCAGUUGCCUGGAUGGGUCAGUAGUGUCUUUAGUAGGGCUGAUAUGGAGGCGGUUAUUCGGAGCCAUAUCACCAAUGUCAUGAACCACUACAAGGGCCAGUGCUACUCUUGGGACGUCGUCAACGAAGCCCUCGAGGACGACGGUAAAUUCCGCCAAAGCCCAAUGUUCCGCGCCAUGGGCGAAGACUUCAUCACCUUCUCCUUCAAAGUCGCCGAAGAAGUCGAUCCUUCGGUCAAGCUUUACUACAACGACUUCAACAUCGAGCGCUACAUCAACGACAAGAUCCGCGCCACCCACGCCCUCGUCAAGCGCGCCAAGGAAUCCGGCGCCCGCGUCGACGGCAUCGGAAUGCAGGACCACGCGCGCGUGGGCAACGCCCAGAGCAAGAAGGAGCUCAUGGAUACCAUGGCCUUCUUUUCCGAGGUCGUCGAUGAGCUGGCAUAUACGGAGGUGGACAUUAGGCAUACGAAGAUGCCUGUUACGGAAGCCGAUAGGGAGCAGCAGGCGAAGGAUUAUAUGGAGGUUGUGGCGGCUUGUUUGGAGACGGAGAAGUGUGUGGGGAUUUCGGUUUGGGACUUUACUGACCAGUACUCCUGGAUCCCCAACGAGUUUCCAGGUGAAGGAGAUGCCUGCCUCUACGACAGGAAUCUCCAAAAGAAACCUGCCUACCACAGCGUCCUCAGUAUGCUUCAGAGCGCCGCCGAAGCAAAGACAGCUACCGGGCCCGAAUCAACCGCCACUGCCGUCGACGCUGAAACGACAUCGACUUCGGGAGCCGGAACGGCAUCGACUCUAAGCACCGUGGUUGUCUCAAGCCCAACUAAUGCCCCUUAA